AAAAACCCAUUUUCUUUUAAUUAAUAGCCACACAAAAGUACCCAAUAAUAUUUUUAGUAUCAAAAUGAGCUAUUCGACAGUCAGUCUGGCCGGAAGCACAACCUCUUCGACACCCACGCUUCACUUGGACAGGCUGCGGGCGCACCACACGCAGGCACUAGUAAACAUCGUGAGCAACAUGUUGUAUCCAGCCGCAAUCGACACGCACGCACUGACAAAAUCGCUCGUUAAUCUCCGCCGGCACCUCGAAUCGCCCCUCAGCUGUGCCCACAGUCACCCGGCCACAGACACAAACGCAGCUGAGGUUCUCGAGCACAUCCUGCUCUGCUGGGUAUGCUCGCUAGCCUCCCAGACUGACGCCCAAAACUACAACUUUGGAACCAUAGUCGCCACAGCCGACGGCCUCUUCGACAAGUACGCCGUGAUACCAGCGUUAGCGGUAUCCGAAGCCAUCCAAUGCACCGUCGGCAUUGCCACAGUGGCAAAGACAUCGAUUCCUGCUAGCUUGGCUCUGGUGUUGGGAUUUGCUGAGGACCACGGCACGUUUACGAAUGCCUUUCGUGCAUUGACUAAACUGUGCACCAAACAUUCGGUUAGGUGCGUAAAGGCCGGCGGCAGGUGGGAGUCUGAUAAUGGGAUUUACGCCGUUAUGGAUGCAUUCACGCGAGCCAAAUCCGCCCUCGGAUUGCGCAACCGCUUUGACUCAAUGGCCAACGCCGCGUUUAUUUUUGCCUCUGAAAUGGCAUCCACAGGUGCCUACAUGCCCUCGCCCUCCUCCCCGAGCAGCGAGUGCCAUCGCAGCACAACCAGUCUGAGCAACGCGAGCUCCCAGGGUUCAAUAGGUUCGAUGAGCUCUCUGGGCUCGCUGGAUAGAUCCUCGCAAAUGUUUGGCGUCCAUGCUGAACGGGUUGUGACUAGUGCGUUGGCUUUGGUUAAUGCGUUGAUUGAUGCCCAUGGUGAUGUGGGAUCGAGGCUAAGGUUGCGCGAGGAGUUGCUUGAUACAGCGCUUUAUAAGUGCUUGAAGUUGGUGGAAGAGCCUGAGUUUGAGCAUACCAAGGCGUAUGUUGAGUUCAGGCGGUUUGGACGUGCGUAUUCUAGCGAUAUCAAUGAGUGCAACCCGCUGGCGCCUGGCAAAUAAUGCG